UUAGAAGCCUUGUGCGCACCGAAUAAAAAUAUCAAUAGUCCGGCUUAAACCUUAACUCAUCUUAAAAUGUUCACUUUUAUUUUCUUUAUACGGUUGUCUGAGUUGUGAGGCUGCACUUUGUUUUACUAAACUGGUAAUAAGUAAUUAUUGAAAAAAAAAAAAAAACGCUCAAAAAUGGGAUUCUCAGUCAUCCAAGUCUUAGUAUUCUGCAUUUCUUCUUCUUUAUGGUUCUUGAAGACUUUAAAACCAAAAAGAAAAGUUCAAAUUGCACAUUCUCAGACUAAUAACCUGCUCAUUCCUGCACACUGUAAAUAUUUCUGUUACUUUAAUUACUUAAAAUUCCUUGAAUUUGCUCCACUUGUAGUUUAUUUGACUUGUAACUUUCUCUUUAAAUCUAUAUAUCCUUUUUUCAGUGUUAUCCUCUUGUCAGCAUUUACUGUAAUACCUCUAACCUAGUUGGAAAUAGACCUGAUUCGACCCACAAAAGGUAAAUACCAGGCUGGUGGACGGUUUGAUCUGUCUCUAUGGAACUGGAAAGCUUAGAGUUCAUUUUUUCCUCUUUAACAGCAUUUGCCAGAACCAGUGUGUAUGCUAUUUGACAGCUCUCACAGCUGCAUGCAUCUGUUCAUCCUGAGUGUUCAUUUCCAUAAGCCCUGCCUCCGCUGGACGUUUCUAAGUUUGUUGCAUAACAACCUUUCAGCAAAGGCAGGAGAGCAGAGCCUGCCGAGGAGCCGAGGAGGAUGGAGUCCAGGAGACCUCCUGACGGGGGGUACGGCUGGGUGGUGGUCGCGUCGGCCUUUUUCACCGUGGGCCUGACCACCGCCGUCCUCAAAAACUUCGGCCUCUUCUUCCUGGACAUCCAGAAUCAUUUCGGAGUCCCGCUGAGCACCACCUCCUGGGUCACCUCCACAACGAUUGCUAUGUUUCACCUCGGAGGUCCGGUGGCCAGUGCACUGACAUUACAGUUUUCUCAGAGGGUUGUUAUUAUGGUCGGAGGGCUGCUGACUACUUCGGGGAUGGUGCUGGCGUCUCUGGACCUCAGUCUGCCCUGGCUCUACCUCAGCAUGGGGAUCCUGCAAGGUCUUGGCAUUUCCUUCUCAUGGAUCCCCGCCAACAGCAUGGUGAGCCACUACUUCGUACGAUGGCGUCCCAUCGCCUACGCCAUCGCCAGCUCGGGGGAAUGUGUCUUCGCCGUCAUGUUCAGUCCCUUCUUCCAGUGGCUCAUCGAAGCAUACACGUGGCAGGGUGCCUUACUGAUCAUCGGUGGCCUUCAGCUCAACCUGUGUGUCUGCGGUGCGCUCAUGAGGCCCCUGGAGACGACCCAGAGCCCAGCACAGGAAACCAAAGACUGUCUGGAAGGAGACGAUGCCACGCUCCCACCAAAGAGGAAGACGAUCUUCCAGUGCUCCCUCCUGACAAAACCCGAGCUUUUCCUCUACAUUCUAUUUGCCAUCUUCGCAGCUGCAGGGUUUUUCAUCCCGCCUCUCUUCCUGGUGCCCUUCGCCAACAGUUUGGGGAUGGAUAAGUACUGGCCGGCCUCCAUCCUGUCUGUCCUGGCGUUAGCUGACCUGGUGGGGAGGCUGAUCUGCGGCUGGAUCGCCAACGUGAGGCUGCUGAGGAACCUGCAGCUGCUCACCAUGGUGACCACUCUGCUCGGGGUGGUUCUGCUGCUGCUGCCCAUCAGCCACAACUACUGGGUCAUCCUGGUGUUCGCCUCCCUCUACGGCUUCCUGUUCGGCUGCGUGGUGGCCAUUCACGUCACCUCCAUCGUGGACAUCGUGGGCCUGGAGGGGUUUGACAGCGGACUGGGGCUGUUCAUGAUGUUCAGGAGCAUCGGGGGUUUCAUUGGUCCUCCUGCCGCAGGCUGGCUGGUGGACCAGACUAAAGACUACAGCACUGCCUUCUACCUCUCCGGCCUCUGCCUCAUUACAUCAGCGGUAUUUGUCGUGGUGGUCGACAGCCUGCUGCAGAAGAGAAAAGCUGUGGAGGCUGAAGUUCAUCAAGCGAUUAACAAACCAGAGGACUGGGAACCGGGAAAAGUCAAGUGAGACACCGUUACAUAAGACCGUUGAGGGCAAAUGGAAUCUGCACAGUGACUUCAAUUUGCACUUAGACAUUUUAUUCGGUCACAGCUUUUGCAAUCAUAAUUAGAAAGUAAAACGCACCAUGAACGUGUUGUCUGGUUGGUUGAAAGCUGGUGACACUCUGCAGGAUGCACAGUUUCUUUUUGCCUUGAAGGACCACAGUUUAGAUCAAUGAAACUCCUCAGACCUGACGAGCUUUUAAGUGUAAAACUGCAGUGAUGUGAACACACAUCUGCAGCAGCACUGAUUUAAAGAAUAAAGCUGACAGUAUUCUACAACAACAAAUCACAUGAAAACCAGUAAAAUUAGUUCCUUCUCAAGUAAAUCUUACAACAGGUCACAAAUUAACAGCUGCUUUCUUAAAAAUGUUCAGUACUUUCCUGAAACACUAGUGCAUUGUGAUUUUUUUGCAAACUUUACACAAAAAGGAGUAAAGAGUAUGUUUGUUUGGCUGUUGUAAACUGCAGAACGGAUGUAGUUGAGUAUUUACUAUAGCAGGCUGAUCAACGUGCAAAUUUCCCUGCUCUGGGAUCAUUAAAGGCUCGUCUUGUCUGACAAUAUUUAGGAAUAAGCUCACACUAUAGUGCAAUAGAGUUGCUCAAUGAUGUUUUAAAGCCUCAGAGAAAUAAGCCAUAUCAGACCUUAGGAUUGUUGGCUUUGGUAUUUUUUUAUGGGUUACAUAUAUAUUGAAUUUCACUUUUUUUUUUAAAAACUGUGUUGCUACAGUAUUGCUGUAAUACACUAACAGGUCAAUUGGUCAUUUUUAAGAAGUUGUCAGCAGAACAUUGAGUCUGUUACUUUAAAGCUUUACACCUCCUGCAGCAUGUGGGUCAGGCUGCUCAGGUUUCUCUGAUUACUGGAGCAUUGACUUUCUGUGAACUUGCAAGCCAUGGCGUAGGUCUAAUAAAUGUUUAUCUUGAGCACUGAAACCAGUUGUUCCUAUGCAACAGACUUUUUAAAGAUCAAGUCUUGAAUGGGAAACAAGGUUUGUUCUUCUUGAAACACUUUAAAUUAGAGAUUUUUAAAUAAGCCUACAAAGCUAACUUGACAUUUAUGUAACUUUUUCUGUCCGUGUAGUUUAUUUUACCUGACAACAAACAUUCAAAGCUGGUCAUAGCAUCAGGUUACACAUUUUUCUGUCCGAAUAUAAAGUUCAGUCUUUAAGCUUUAAAGUUGUCUCAUUAUAUAAAAUAUUUUUCAUGUCAACACUUGUAGCAGAUAAAAGUAUAUAGUUUUAUGAAUUAAAUCUCUGCACUGAUAGUUUUAAAUGUUCAGGUUACAGAUUUUUAUUUAAAUAUAAAGUUCAGUCUAAGUUUUAAAGUUAAAUCAUCUGUCAUAUGAACAGUUCUUGUAGCGUUUAACAAUGUAUUGUUUUCAGAAAUAAAUCCCGGCACUGUUGGCGUUUAAUGUUUUACUUAGUGUGUAACUUAUAUUGUUGCUCAGAUCUGCCUUCAACUUUCCCAAAGCUCAAGCCAAAUCCCAAAUAGCUUGUUUAAACUCUCGGGGGAGCUGCCACAGCUCCACAACAUGAAACUGAACCUAGGAUGAAGACGUUAGCAGUGUGUUUUGAGAAUCUGUGGUAUGUGCUGUACAAAUGGCUAGCAUGUUAAAAGUACUGUUAUGUAACUAAAUUCUCUAACUGGCUUCAGCUGGUUUCACUCGGCUUAAAACUUUGUGCCAGAGAAGAAACAGUCGAUCAAAAGGAAAUUAAUGUGCGACUAAACGAUUAUUCAUUUGCCCUGUUUGGAACUGAAAAGCAGAGAACACGCCGGUUCCUGCUUCUCAUGUGUGAAACUUUGUCGGUUUUCUUGAAUGUCCUUUGGUUUUGAACUGUUGUUCAGAUUUUAAAUAUGUCACAAAUUGCCUUGGAAAUGAGCAUUUUUAAUAUUUCACUGACCAAAUUAGUACUUGAUAAUAAAAAUGAGUGAUUUCAGUCCUAUGUUGGGCCAUUUGUUGGUUUGUCUGAUGUAUGAAAUGUUAGAAAAAAGGUAUUAAAUGCCUUUUACAGCUACUUAAGGCCCUUCUGUUUAGUCACAUAAAAUAAAAUAAAAAUCUGCAAAGCAAGAGCAGCAGUUAGGGAAUAUAUUGCAUGAAUGAUGGCUUUAAACACUCAAAUGCUUCAUCCAGACUCAGUCUUAUUUAUGUAAAGAUUAAACUUCAGUGUCAUUCAUUGAUGUUAAAGUGCAGUUUUUCAAAUGUUUGUUGCACAUGCUCCCGACCAAACCAGUCCAGGUGGAAGACGAUGUGAAGAGAAAGCUCCAGAGGAUGAAUAUCACACAUUUACGUUGGAAAUAAAUGUCCUUUAAUUAGACAUUGUCAUGCAAAAGUUGGAUUUCCCUUUAAUGAUGUUCAAAUCUUUGUUGAGUGUUUUGUUGAUGUUGGUUUCUAAAUGUUUUUUGACACUCGGCCCCAAAGAUUAAAACCUUUUCCGGCUCACAAGCUGCAACAAUUCACACAUUAUCAACUAUGUUUCUGACUAAACUAAGAUAAAAAGUGAAAAACUGUCUGA